AUGACUAUAACAAAUCUAGUUCUGCGUUUGUGGUUUUUAGAAGGAAAAGCACUGAGAAGUGAUGACCUGCUACAGAAUCUGCCUGUCGGGACCUCAGCGACCUUGUAUUUCAGAGACCUUGGCCCACAACUGGGAUGGACGAUGGUUUUUCUGGCGGAGUACAUAGGUCCCCUUCUGAUAUAUCUCCUCUUCUAUUUCCGCGUCCCAUACAUCUAUAACCACAAAUACACCUUCACCUCCAGCUCUCAUCAUGUGGUCAAUUUGGCUUGUGCUUGUCACUCUUUCCACUAUAGCAAGAGGCUAUUUGAAACAAUCUUUGUGCAUCGGUUUUCUAAUGGCACGAUGCCUCUCAGAGCCAUUGUAAGGAAUUGUGCGUAUUAUUGGGGUUUUGCAGCAUGGUUAGCAUACUACAUCAACCAUCCUCUCUACACACCACCAUCAUAUGGAGAGAUGCAGGUCAACUAUGCACUAAUUAUCUUUGUGUUAUGUGAGGCAGGUAAUUUUUCCAUCCACUGGUCACUGAACAGUAUAAAAUGUGAAGGUGCAAAAUGUAGCAGGUUCCCAAAUCCAUCUAAAAACCCUUUUACGUGGCUUUUCUUUUUUGUUUCAUGUCCCAACUACACAUAUGAGGUGGGUGCUUGGGUGGGCCUGUCCAUCAUGACCCAGUGUGUGCCAGUGGCUCUCUUCACAUUUGUAGGU